AGCUCUACCACUACCAGUGUAGGUGCUGCGCGUGAAGUCGCAUUCCGUUGUAUUUUGCAUCAACAUGUGUGUAAGUUUUUUGUGUACGCGUGUAAUAAAUACGGACGAUGCAAUGAGCAGCUGAACAACUGUCAAAGUGGAAAAUUGAAGUUUAGUGUAAGAUGGUUAGCUGGUGAGUACGGUGGAAUCUGUAGUUAAAGCCAAACAAAGCGAAUGCAAAUAACGAAAACCAGUGCAAAAAGGAAGGUAGACAAAACAUUUGCGUGGCCAUCGACUAGAGUCGAAACUUAAUUAAUCUCUCAGUGGAAAGAAAACAGAACAAUCAGUACAAAAAUGCUAACCAAAUCAUCGUGUCACUUCAAAUGACAGUAAAUCAAGCGAAACGAGUUCGAGUUGAUUUUCAACUAGCCUAAUUCGGUCUCUGUUGCAAUCGAAGAGACUUAGUGUAUUCGUUAUAGUCGUUUUCUUUCUUCAUUUCAAGAUAUUUACCUUUUUUGGUAUUUUCUGUUCUACGUGUGUGAUUGCAGCAGCAUCGCUCCAAUGAAAUGCGAUUCAAUAAACAGGAAUUAGCAACACUUGCGACCCAGCCAAGCAAUAAAUUUGAAAAAGAGGGCAUUCUAUACGUAACCGAGCGUCAGGAUGGAUUCUUUCGCCGUUCCGAAGAAGUUGAUUUCGCGGAGACGGGAUGUGCUUCAAGUUCAUCGUCGUCGUCGUCAUUUUUCAAAUUGAAGCCAAGACGCAACAUAGGCUGUAUGGGUGGAACGAACAAAGUGAGUUUAGAGCGAUGGUGUCGACUGCGUGGAAAUUUGCUGUUUUACUUUAAAAGUAGUGAUCAAUUUUCGGAGCCACAAGGUGUAAUCGUUUUGGAAAAAUGCGAGCCCAUCAUACGUAAUGAGAGGCGUGAACAUGAUGGUUUUGUGUUUUUCAUCGAAUUUCAGGACAAUCUCAAGCAACGACUCUCAACGAAUACAGAAGCUGAACGGGCCGAUUGGAUUCAGGCGAUCCGUCAUGCUAGCUAUGAAGAGAUGCGCAAAAAAUUGCAAUCACUUCGGGAACAAAUCGAAAAGAGACGUGAUACUAAACAAGAUAUCGACGUAGAUAUGAUGCGUUUACAAAUCGGCAAAGAAAUAGAUAUCGCCGAAGUACCAGUAUGCGAAGCUGUAAUUUCAUGUGACAAUUUGCUUUGCGACGGUCAUGGACGACCUCCAAAUCCAACGGUUAUAGUACAAAUAUCUGAACCAAGCCGUUCAUCAUGGAUUCGAUACGGUCGCACCGAAGUUAUUGAGAGAUGCUCGAAUCCACAAUACCUAUGUACAGUUGUGUUUCGUUCAGGGGACGGCCUAAAUAAACAAUCUUUAAUACGCUUUACGGUGUACGAUGUUCGUGAGAAAGUUUCGCAAACGGCUGUGCCAUUAGGUUCGGCUGAAGUAACGUUAGGAGCAAUCCAAGAAACGGCACGACUUCGUGUACCGCUGCAAUCGAACUCGGGUAGCGCAGGUUUUCUCACAAUGACAACGUAUUUGCCGGAACAAGAGCGAAAAUAUCCACGAUCGCCGGCCAGACAAAUCGAACCGCCACAACGCUACGGCCAUAGACGAUCACAGUCAUUGCCACCGAAACUUGGCAUCAAACUUAAUAUUCCACCGCCAUAUAAACUUAGCUCGGUGUUUGUUAAUCCAACGGUUCGCACGUAUCGUUUGCAUUCCGGAUUGGGCGGCGACAUCAGCGUUUUUGAAGUAAUGAUGGAGAGUCGUCUUUGCUUCAUCAUACCACAGCAAUUACUGUCCAUUUGGAUAUUGCGCGAGAAAGAGCUGUUGCAAGAGAUUUCCGGUAUGGGUGAGCUCGGUGGUGAAUGGCGAAAUGUACAAAUGGAAUUAUUGGAUAAACACUUGAAAUUACUUAAAGAAUACUCGCAAGCCAAACAAAAUCUACAGCAAUGCGCGGCAAACAAAUUCUUCAAACAGUCUUCGUGCAAAAAUGAUGAGUCACUCGAAUUUGCACCGGUGAAUUUGCAUCUACAAAGAAUGUGGGCAUACAAUGAUACGCUGAAACGCGACGGUUUCUUGGAUAUUAUCACAGUCGGAGCAUUUACGAGACAUUCGGGCAAGACAAAAACCGGUGGAUUGAUUAAGCUAUUGCAACUAAUGAAAGACUCACCAUCGAAGGUCGAUCAAAUCGGAGUCAAAGUGCGUACGGCAAACGAUGCUGUUCAGUCAAUAAAGCAGUUGCGGAAAGAAAUUGUCGAAAUUAUGUCACAACUUUUAUCAUUGGCCAAACUGAAGAAUCCAAAGGGAAUGUUGCCGCUGUGCAAUGAAAUGAUCACAAAAACCCGAUCACUGUUGAACAUUUGGGAGCCAAGUUUAGUCGAAGAAGCGUUUGCUUUCAUCGAAAAACAUCGUAUCAUAAAUGAUUCAACGGAUACGAAGACACAAUCGUUGAAAUUGUCACCAUUUCGGAAUAUUACUCAACAAUUGGGUGCUCUUGAAUUGAAAUCGCCGGAUUUAGAAGAUUUUGCUUCACCAACAGGUCCGAUGCCAAUGCCAAAUCUGUGGACAAAACAUGCUCGACGUAACACAUCGCCAUGCGUUGAUAUUCCGCAAAUCACAAAAAAUAUGAACAAUAAUGGCUUUUUGAAAGAAAACUUCGAAAUCUACCAAGAUAAGAGUGAUUCGCUGAACAAUCGCACGACACAAGAACUAUUCGAAGAUAUCAAAUUGGAUAAUGUUCCUGAAUGUGACAAUUUGUCAUUUUCAUUGCCACCAAAUUGUGGUUCGGGCAACAACGAGGAUAGUUUAGUCUUCAGUGAAACGCAUUUCGAUGUGAGCGGAGAGAUUUUGUCAUCAUUACCAGCACAAAGAGUUCAUACAAAGGAUCCGUUGCCAAAACGAGAUAUCAAAAACGAUGCAAAAACCGAAAAUAAGCCAAAUUCCGAAGAACGCUGUAAUUCCAUGGAUUUGGGUGGUGUUUUGGUUACGGAAAAUCAGCUGAAUGAAAGCAAAAAUGAGAUUCUACAUAAUUCCAAUGAAUUCGAUGAGAAUGGUCGAGUGAGAAAUUGUUCGAUUGCAGUCGGUCAAAAUGGAACAUUUUUGGAUACAAAGGCAAUGAGCUCAUCACCAUCGGCGAAUUACUAUCGACCCACCGAAGAGCCGGAACCGCUUGACUUAACCCAAUUGAAUAUUGAGGCGAGUGUAAUGUGUUUAGUGAGCAAAGUGAAAUUCUUGUGCGGUCGCUGUGGCAGCCCAGCUGUUCGACUGAGACAGCCAAAAGCCAAUACCAGGCGCGGAUUCACCAAUAUUCAAAAUACAAUCAAUAAUCAACCGUAUGCUUCCAAUCCAAAUGUGAAUGAUAACGAAACCAAAACGGAGUCGAUGAAUUUGCCGGCGAAUGUGAAUGUGAACAAUAAUGCGAUUUCCAGUGGAAAAGAGUCGGCGGUUAGCAAAGAGUUGAACUUGGCACUGAAUCAAGUGGUUGAUGGUGUCACACGAAAAGUGUCCAAAGCCAAAGGAAACAAAUUCACCGAUGGGCUAGAUCUAUCUCUUACCACGGACUGGGCCUCAGAACUACGACCAUCAAUGAGAAAAUUGCGACAGGCAAUGGAUGGUCUCUUGAAAACUGCACGCUUAAUGCAUUCAGUACAAAGACUUCAACAAGACAUGAAGAAAACGUCAGCUAUUUUGAAUACAAUGUAUCGCCGCGAUGUUUGCUUCUCACAAUCGCUAACUGCAAUUGUAUCUGGAAUUAUGACCAAAAUAUGGGCCACAAACAUAACUGAGAAUGACGUACAAAUCUUAUGCACGCUUGGUCCGCUAGCAUAUUUCGAAGGUUUACUGUCGUUGUACGGCAGCGAAACCGAUAUGUGGGGCGACAUGUGUGUUGCCAUAGAAGACUUGAGCGCUGUCACCUUUACGUUGGUUCGGGGUAACAUACCACGAAACAAAAAAUACUUCCCCAUUCCGCGUGUCACUGGUUCGCGUCAAUCGAUAACCGUAUUGCUUCCCGUGCCGGACAAUAUUUACUCAAUGCUUCCGAACAAAGAGUCUCCAUCGUUCAAAAUAACGCCGGUUUUCUUCAACAUUGGCAUCAAUGAGUAUGCAACGUUAUCGGAAACGCUUGGCUAUACCCGUGAACAGCAUCGAUCGAAUUUCGAUAAUUACGAUCGACUUAAACAGUACUUCAUUCGUUACAAGAAAAUAAUGCUAAAUUCAAAAGGAACACCGAGCAAAAGUGAAACGCUCACCGAGCAAUUGCACAAUGUCACCGAUUUGCUGAAUGCAAUGGAGGAAUCGUUGCGUAGGAAUGCGUCGAAAAACACAAAAAUAUUGCAUUUGGCCGAAGAUGUGUGUCGAGGUUUGCACGGAUUACGCUUAACGUCAUGCAAAAGUGCCAAAGAUCGAACCGCCAUGGCCGUCACAGUGGAACAGUGCCGUAUUUUACAGAAAGAAUUCCAUUUGCCAGCAAACAAUGUACAGUGUGUACUGGAUACAAUGCGGAGCGAGGGAACUCGAAGUGAAAACACUUUGAAGAACAUCGGUCUGCGAAAAUACGCAUUCAAUUUGCCACAAGUGUUGAGUCUACCGCAAGUUUAUCGCCCGCCGACUGGAUCUUACGGGAAAGCGCAAUCUUAAACAUACCCACACGCACAUACAACAUAGGAAAAAAAACCCUUCACACAUCACUUACUGUUAGACAAUGCCAAAUCUUUCAUUUUUAACUAGUUUUUUUUUAGAUUGCAUGUAUACAACAACAACAAAAAACUAUUUUUUCGUCAUGUGAUUAACCGAAAAAUCGUCUCCUCUUAACCAAUUUUAACUAUUUAACAUUGAACCCUACUAGCCUAGUAUACUUGAAGUAUCUUUUUGGACCCAAGACUUAAGUGAACUCUCCUAACUGUAGAGCAAAUAAAGAAGUAAAUUAUCGAAUUUUCAACAUUGAUUUUUGGAAAUGAGUUGUGAAAUCGAAUCGAAUCGCAUCCAUGGGAUGAUUCUAGAGCUGUCAAAGAAACAAAACUAAUUUAAUUUAUGUAUUGUAUAGAGUUUAUGGGAAAUCAGUUAGCAGAAGAAAACAAAUAUUGUAUAAAAAUGCGAAUCACAAUAAAAUACCAUGUCAAUAAAAUGAACAUAAAAA